AUGUCUCCAACCCCGCCAUCCACGACCUCGUCAAACGCUAGCGCAUUUUCGCCUGAAGGACAGUACAGGGUAAUCCGAAAGAGAAACAGGGUGCCACUUUCCUGUGGCCCCUGCCGGCAUAGGAAGCUCAAAUGUAACCGUGCACACCCAUGUGAGAACUGCGUGAAACGAGGAGAUGCUUCCUCAUGUACCUACGCCCAAGCAAGCGCGCGUAAGAAGAACACCCCGCAGCGAGUCUCACCUAGCUCCCCGGACGAUAUGCAGAAUAGGAUAGACCGGCUGGAAAGCUUGGUUUUGUCGUUGAUGACCAAUGGUUCACAGGCCGCGGGCCCGGCUGCGGCUAUGGCAGCACUCUCUGGCAACAGCAGCAGUAUUAGUUCUGCCCAACAUACAAUUGAUUUGGAUCUGGAUGAAGACGCCUCGGGUGGCCCCGAGGAGAGCGAUACAGAACAAGUAACAAAAUCUUUUGGGAUAAUGAAGGUCGACAAUAAUAAAUCAUAUUAUUUUAGUGAAGCGCAUUGGGCGUCUGUCCUCAACGAUAUUGCCGAAGUGCGUAAUUACUUUACUACGCACAAGAAACAGUAUGAGGAGCACGCGGAGAAGCUGAAGGCAACGAAGCUUCCGACUGACGUGCCAGGGUCUACAUUGCUCUUCGGUGCUAUGAAAACAACUAGUCGUGCGGAGAUUAUGUCUUCGCUUCCCUCCAAAUAUACAACAGAUAUCUUAGUCGCCCGGUAUUUUAACAGCUAUGACCCCUCAACCAAUAUCCUACAUGGACCUACAUUUCAGACCCAAUAUAACAAACACUGGGAAGACCCGUCACAGACCUGUGUAGUCUGGAUUGGUAUGCUGUGUGCGAUUAUGCGACUUGCCAUGCUAUCGUAUCAUCGAGAGGGAGAUGAACCACCGGAGUUUCGAGGGAAGACUCUAGACAUGGCAGGCACCUUCCGGAAUUUGAUGGCGCAGUGUUUAACGCUGGCUGAUUAUACCAAGCCUUACCCGUGCUUGAUUGAGUCCUUGAUAUUCCAUCUGCAUGGAGAUUGGAUUCAAACAAAAGAUGCAGAUGUGUCCGUUUGGGUGCUUGUGGGCGUGAUUGCUAGGUUGGCUAUGAGGAUGGGUUACCAUCGUGACUCAAAGAUGUUUCCCAAUAUCACACCUUUCCAAGGUGAAAUGCGCCGGCGAGUAUGGACAAUCGUGCGGCAGUACGAUCUUAUGUUCUCAUUCCAAGUGGGCCUACCCAGCAUGAUUCGCUCCGCCGAUAGUGAUACAGAAUUUCCACGGAAUUUGUACGACGAUGACUUUGAUGAGAACUGCAAAGAGCUUCCUCCUUCACGGCCACCAAACGAACCUACACCAGUCGCAUGCUUAAUAGCCAAAGGUCGCUUAACCUAUGCCUUUGGUCGUGUUAUUGAACAUACCUCUUCCAUACAAAGUCCUUCUUACGACCAAGUUAUGGAGAUUGACGCCGAACUUCGCCGAGCGAGGGACUUGGUCCCUGAACAUCUUAUCGUUCGCCCUGUAGAAGAGUCCCAAUUGGAGCCCCCGAAAAUAGUUAUGGCACGAUGUGCUAUAAUGAGUGUGUAUCACAAAGCUCAGUGUGUUCUCCAUCGACGAUACCUCAUUCGAGCGCGUGAAAAUCCUCGAUUUACAUACUCGCGGAGAACGUGUAUUGAUUCUGCCAUGGAAUUGCUUCGAUUCCAAUCAAUGCUGCACGCUGAAACCGUGACGCGCAUCUUGAACAAACAUGACAGGCUUACCGCACUCGUCUCUACAGAUUUUCUACUUGCUGCGACCAUUGUGUCUCUCGACCUCUACCACGGACACCAGUUCCAAUCAGGGGGCCGCGCGUCCGGCGAUACCUACGCCUGGGGAAGGGAGCGGCGCGAGGAAAUGAUAGCGGCAAUACAGCGCUCUAAAGAGAUCUGGGACGAACUUCGUGACGAUGCCCUGGAGGCGUGGAAAGCGUCGGGGGCUAUCGGGGUGAUGCUUGCCAGACUGAACCUGGGCUACUCUGACAGCAAUACCGCCGCGUCUACCUUCGAGCCUCAGGAUGAGAAGCAAAGUGCUGCCAUGACAUUGGGUCUUCUCAGUAGUGGAAUGAGUCCCAUGAACCCAGCUCCUCCCGCCUUCGGCGAUGGCGCCAUAAAAAUGGGCGAGACACCACUCCCAUCGCAGGGAGGAUUUGGAGCGACAGCAGAUAUACCAGGAGCUCCUUCGCCUUUAGGUGCUAUGUUUGGGCAGAUGCCAGAUAUGCAGCUCCCUCUGGAUUGGGACACCUGGGAUAACUAUAUUCAGAAUGCAGCGCUUGACGCCUCGAACCAGUGGUGGCCAACAAUGGAUUCACAGCAACAGCAACAGCAGCAACCGCAACCGCCACCCCAAAAUGCGUUAGGCUCAGCUGGUUUAGCAUCGGUGCAGGGCAGUGCUGCAGACAAAAUGCGCUCGUUACCUUCUUUUUCCAACGUCUUUUACCCUGAUGCCAAUCGCAAAUCACGUGAUAUUAUCGGUCUCGAUAAGCCGGAGGUUUUUGCGCGGAAAACCUUCGAAUGGGCAUAUGUGCAAUUCCUAUCUCAGAUUUGUUUUUGUAGCUUACUGGUUAUCUGUCCUCCAAAGAUGCAUUGCUUCCGGCGCGCUGCUUCUCGGCUCCUCUUUUCGACACCACGGUCCACAUGGGCUACUUCAUCUAGCCCGUCUCGAAUUACUAUCCCUCGCCAGACAUCACAAUUUCUGCUGCAGAGCAGAUGGAACAGCCAACAUGUACCAAGUCAACCCAAUCUUACGAGCAAGGAUGCAACAACCACAAACGAUAACGAGGAACAAUUAAUACAAGCCGCUGUCGGGUACAUGGAAGGUACCUCUACUCCUGCGAACGAGACUGCAGACCAUAUUUCAAAAGAGAGUGAAGCACAACCGCAAUCUACCGAAGAAGAAUCUAAACGCGCGAAACGCCUCCGGCUUUUGAACAAGGAAGCCGAUCCCAAGGAGACAAUCUUUGUCGGUAACCUUUUCUACGAUGUGACGGCGGAUGAUUUGCGGAAGCAGAUGGAGAAGUACGGAAUCGUGGAGAGUGUGUAUAUCACUUUUGAUAAUAGGGGAAUUAGUAAAGGAUUCGGUUAUGUGCAGUUCGACUCCAUAGAUUCGGCGAGACGUGCAAUUGAUGCGAUGCACAUGCGGGUAUACGAGGGUCGCCGAGUCGUUGUGGCAUUUGCGCAAAACAAUAUCGACCAGCACCGGAACCUGAGACCUAUCUCUAGAACGAUAUAUCUCGGUAACUUGCCAUUCGAGAUGACUGACCGGGAUAUCAAUGAACUCUUCAGGGAUAUUGUCAAUGUGAUUGACGUUCGGGUAUCUGUGGACCGUCAAACCGGCAUGUUCAGAGGCUUUGCUCACGCUGAGUUCAUCAACGUCGAGAGUGCACGGGCGGCAUUCGAGAUUCUCAGCAGGAAGGCACCAUAUGGCAGGAAAUUACGACUUGACUACAGUCAAUCAAAUAGAAGAGCGGAUCGUCUGGAAACCAACGCCGAGUGA